UCGCGGUUUUAUGACAUCUGUGUUUUGGUGUGAAGAUGGCAGAACGUGAAACGCUAAAGAGAGAAAUAGAGGAAUUGCAAAACCUCAUUAAUGACUAUAAAAGUACUCAUGGUGAUGUUUCUUCAAGUUCCACCCAGUGGGGUCGUGCCAGACAUGAUUCAAGGAGGGGUCAGUGUCGGGGUCAUGCCUCAUACUAUGCACAAUCAUAUUCAUCACUGCCACAACCGUAUGUGCCUCAUUCUUCUGGCAGCUGGAGAAAAACAUACUCGCUUAACAAAAAGACCAUCAGGACAAUUGGGAGGCAUGUUUCUCACCCAGCUGUGGACCACCUGAACCAGCCUCAUCACCACAUCACUACACCUGGAGCCACUGCUACUGGGAAUAGUGCUGCAACUGUUGGAAUCAACAGUGUUUUAUUUAAAAAGUUACCAGCUGGGCAAACCGCAGUUAAAUCUACAACGUCUUCACUCAGUGUCCAGAGUGAGACUUCAAAGGAGAGGAAAAGUAAAGCAAGUGGAAAGAGGACUUUGAUUUUAUCUUCAACGGGAAAAAACGAUCAUUUCUGCUCAUCUGCCCAUGCACUAACUGAUUCUGCUUCAACAUCAGACCCUGAAAUGAAGAUAAAACACACUUUAAAAACAUCAUCAGCUGUGAACAAUCCCUCUAUCCCUUCACCUGUGAAACCUCCAGCUCUAGUUCAAGUCAAACCACACCUUUCCACUGCUGCCUUAUCCAAUAGGACUGUAAUGCCAACAGCCAAUAGAGACUGUACUAUGGCUUCUUCUGUCUCCAACCUUCAGCCUCGGGCUUCCUUGAGUCCCACAAAGCUCCAGCUUAAGCUAGACUCAACUCAGACACAAGUAGCCUCGCCAUGUCAUAAGAGAUCUCAGUUUAUAUGGGUGAAAAACCAAGAGAUGGUAAAUAUAAAAAGCACGCUUAAGCCAGUGACCUCUGGAUGCUCUCCUGGGACAGCCACUGUCAAACGAGCUUCAAGCUGCAAUAGGAGGGGGUCUCGCAAGCCUAAUCUUUCCCGUGGAGCUCCUAAGACCUCAAAAUACACCUGGGUGUCUUCAUCUUCCUCCUUGUCAACAGCUGGAAAAGCAAACACUUCAACGAAAAGACCACGCAAACCCCUUGCAUCCAAAUCUAUUAAAAUCCCUGUAAGAACAUCUCAAGGUGGACCGGAGGGACCGAAGAAAGAAAAGAGAUGUGCUACAACUUUAACAACCUUAUUAAAAAAGUCUAAAGCUACAGGUGCCUCCACGUCCCAUGCUGGCCAUGCCAGCCGCUAUCGCUGGAAGGCAGCUGGACAAAACACAACAGCAAAUGCAUCUAGCUCAACUUCUAGGACUACCCAUAAGGGCACAGUCUAUCGAUGGACAGCUAACAAGCAUGGUCAAAAAAGGGAAAAGGGAUCUGCUCUGUCUUCAACCCCCACCCACAUGAACCCCACUACCACUCCACUGUCAGCUGGAGGUUUUAAACUCAGAAGCCAAACCAAGAUCAUUAGAAGAUCUGCUAGCAAUCCCUCCUUAGAGAAAAGACACUGCCCCAUUGUGCAGACUUUAAGGAGCAGGUUUUCUUUGCAUAGACGGACACACACUCCGGUGAAGACUCCAACCAAUGCCAGGCAACCACAGCCCAAAGUGCUGGUUUCAUUUGGCAGACACAAGCUCCGCCGUCUCUCUCUGACCUCCACCUCGCCCAGGACCUCAACACCAGGCCCCUUCUCUUUGUCAGUGCGAAGCCCGGCAUCACAUAGGAUCAUCAAAACACACUACAAGAUAGACACACGCAGAGUGCAUACAAUCCACCACAACCCUGCUCUUACCUACAGGGUCAAGAGAGUACAUUCUUCCAGAAUCCUUCUGCAGAAUCGACUAAGGACAGCUUCAGAAAGGCAGUGGAGCGGACGAAGCAUGAGAUGGAUAGGCGGAGCGCUAUACAGCGUCUCGGCCAAUAAGCUCUCUCGCACUCAAACCACCUGCAAAACUAACAGUAGACCAGGACAGUGGUACAAUCCAUAUGUUUCUUCGACUGGUAAUCAGGGAAGAACAUCAGCCACACGUUACAUAGCCAGUCGUGCUGUACAGAAGAGUUUAGCUAUAAUACGGCAGGCCCGACAGAAGAAACAGAAGGCCAAGCAGUACUGCAUGUACUAUAACCGAUUCGGCAAGUGUAAUCAUGGCGACACUUGCCCCUACAUCCAUGACCCUGACAAAGUGGCCGUCUGCACCAGGUUUCUCCGAGGCACCUGCAAGCAGACAGAUGGGACUUGUCCUUUCUCGCAUAAAGUAGCCAAAGAGAAGAUGCCUGUGUGCUCGUACUUUCUGAAGGGGAUCUGUAAUAACAGUAGCUGUCCUUACAGUCAUGUCUAUGUGUCUCGCAAAGCCGAUGUGUGCAAAGACUUUGUCCGAGGCUACUGCCCACAGGGAGAUAAGUGUAAGAAGAAACACACACUGGCGUGUCCAGACUUCUCCAGUACUGGCGUGUGUCCACGUGGAUCCAAAUGCAAGUUGCUCCACAGACAGAGCUUGAAACGUACUGGCUCUAGCGCAAGCUUUGGACCAGCCAAGAAAGCCCAUACUAGAGACAUUUUAAAGAGUUCAGAUGAUGUUCAGACUCUUCAGACAGAGUCCAUACAGGCAGAUGAGGGCCCGUCCAGCUCGGGUCCUGAAAAGCUGCCUUCCUUUAUCUCCUUGUCCAGCUCUAUUGACAUGUCAGAGAACCCUGAAACCCCAAAGCUCCCUCCUGCUGCAGGCCCUCAUGCCAAAGGAAAGAAACUACAUAUCAAGCCACGAUUGUUAUCUACAACACAGACAGAAAGCUUGCCAAAGGAGGGUUGAUGGUGGGUUUUGGUAAUGGUAAUACACCAUAGAAUAUUUUUUUUAUUUAAUUUUUAUUUAAAAUUGUGAAAUUCUGCUAAACUGUUACUAAAUGGUUUACAAAGACAUCUUUAUUUGAGAGUUUUACAGCCACUUCUUGGUGUGAAGUCAUAUGUUUGGUUUCAAGAAAUGCAAUUCUAAGAAUUCCUUUAACAUUUCUCUGAAUAUGUUCAUAAGUGUUCACUAUUACAGAACUGAAUGUAUGCAUUAUAACCAAAUACUGUUCUGAAAAACUGCAGACGUUCUGUAGCCACUACGAUUUCUGUAGUGGUUUGUUAUGCAAAUAAAUUGUAUCCUUUCGAAUGUAUUGUGAACAUGUAUUUUCAAAAAAUUACUAAAUAAAAUGCUUUGUGAUUUGCA